AUCACCCUCAUCAUCAGCUGCAACCUCUGAAACAACAUCAUCACCUACCACGGCAUCAUCUAGUGAAGUAUCAACUAGUAUUACAUCUGUUGAAACUACAUUGACUCCAGCUCCAAAUAGUUUAAGUGUAUCGCCUACUCAUAAAUCAACUUCAUUUUCAUCUUCGUCUACUCAAAGUUCCACCACCAUAUCUACAGUUCCACUAAAAUUUACAGUCAACUUCACCCUGUCCAACCUUAACUUCAGCCAAGAUUUUUUGCUUCCUAAUACUUCAAAUUACAAAUCCACAUCAAGUAAAAUGACUGUUUUGCUAAAUCAGACCCUGAAUGCAAGCAGCCUGUCAGUAGCUUUCUCUGGAUGUAAGCUAAAAUCACUAAGUCCAAGUCAGAUCGUCGGCACGGCUGUGAACCUCAGCUGCACGUUUAAGAAUAACACAUCAGUGCCUCCCUUCAAUAAAGUAGAUGUCUUCAGACAGCUGAACCAAAAAACCAACAAUGGAACUUCGUUAGGUCCAUACAGCAUGGCCAAAAACAGUCUCUAUGUCAGCGGAUACCAUGAAAUUACUCAACAACCUAUUAUUUCAUUACUUCACUUCACUAUAAACUUCACCCUUCCUAAUCUGCCAUUCUCUCAGAACCUGUCUUCAGGAAACAGCCCUGCAAGUCGAAAUGUGACGUCUCUGAUAUCCCAAAUGCUUCAAAACACCACCAUGGGUUCAGAGUUUUCCUCAUGUGUCCCCAUCUCUUUUAGUCCAAGUCAGGUUGUCGGCACGGCUGUGAGCCUCAGCUGCACGUUCAAGAAUGAAACAUCAGUGCCUCACUUCAAUAAAGUAGAUGUAUACAGACAGCUGAACCAAAAAACCAACAAUGGCACCUUGUUAGGUCCAUACAGCAUGACCAAAAACAGUCUCUAUGUCAGCGGAUACCGUGAAAUUACUCCACAGCCUGUUAUUCCCUUACUUCACUUCACUAUAAACUUCACCCUUCCUAAUCUGCCAUUCUCUCAGAACCUGUCUUCAGUAAACAACCCUGCAAGUCAAAAUGUGACAUCUCUGAUAUCCCAAAUGCUUCAAAACACCACCAUGGGUUCAGAGUUUUCCUCAUGUGUCCCCAUCUCUUUUAGUGCAAGUCAGGUCAUUGGCACAGCUGUGAGCCUCAGCUGCACGUUCAAGAAUAACACAUCAGUGCCUUCCUUCAAUAAAGUAGACAUCUACAGACUGCUGAACCAAAAAACCAACAAUGGCACCUUAUUAGGUCCAUACAGCAUGACCAAGAACAGUCUCUACGUCAGCGGAUACCAUGAAAUUACUCCACAGCCUGUUAUUCCAUUACUUUACUUCACUAUAAAUUUCACCCUUCCUACUCUACCAUUCUCUCACAACCUGUCUUCUGGAAACAACCCUGCAAGUAGAAACGUGACGUCUCUGAUAUCGCUAACACUUCAGAACACCACCAUGGGUUCAGAGUUUUCCUCAUGUAUUCCCAUCUCUUUUAGUCCAAGUCAGGUUGUCGGCACGGCUGUGAACCUCAGCUGCACGUUUAAGAAUGAAACAUCAGUGCCUCCCUUCAAUAAAGUAGACAUCUACAGACAGCUGAACCAAAAAACCAACAAUGGCACCUUGUUAGGUCCAUACAGCAUGACCCAGAACAGUCUCUACGUCAGCGGAUACCAUGAAAUUACUCCACAGCCUGUUAUUCCAUUACUUUACUUCACUAUAAAUUUCACCCUUCCUACUCUACCAUUCUCUCAGAACCUGUCUUCUGGAAACAACCCUGCAAGUAGAAACGUGACGUCUCUGAUAUCGCUAACACUUCAGAACACCACCAUGGGUUCAGAGUUUUCCUCAUGUAUUCCCAUCUCUUUUAGUCCAAGUCAGGUUGUCGGCACGGCUGUGAACCUCAGCUGCACGUUUAAGAAUGAAACAUCAGUGCCUCCCUUCAAUAAAGUAGACAUCUACAGACAGCUGAACCAAAAAACCAACAAUGGCACCUUGUUAGGUCCAUACAGCAUUACCAUAAACAGUCUCUACGUCAGCGGAUACCAUGAAAUUACUCCACAGCCUGUUAUUCCAUUACUUUACUUCACUAUAAACUUCACCCUUCCUACUCUACCAUUCUCUCAGAACCUGUCUUCAGGAAACAGCCCUGCAAGUCGAAACGUGACGUCUCUGAUAUCGCAAACACUUCAGAACACCACCAUCGGUUCAGAGUUUUCCUCAUGUAUUCCCAUCUCUUUUAGUCCAAGUCAGGUCAUUGGCACGGCUGUGAACCUCAGCUGCACGUUCAAGAAUGACACAUCAGUGCCUCCAUUCAACAAAGUUGAUGUGUACAGACAGCUGAACCAGAAAACCAGCAAUGGCACCUUGUUAGGUCCAUACAGCAUGGCCAAAGACAGUCUCUAUGUCAGCGGAUACCAUGAAGUUACACCCAGCCCUGUAGUUACAACUGAAACUACUACUCCACCUGCAAUCCAAAACAGUGAAACUACUACUCAAUCUAGUUUGAAUCCAUUCCCUCUGAGUUUUACUGUCACUCAGCUUUCACCUAAAUGUGCUCAAACACCUUCUAAUUGUCCAACUAUGUCAGGCACGUUUCACCAACUGGUUGACAGCCUGUUCAGAAACAGUGUGAUAAACUCAUCAUAUGUGAGCUGCACAAUGCCUGAAUUAAGCCCUGCUGGUGAAACAAUGCUUAAAGUGAACAUGUCUUGCCUGUUUAAACCUAUUAACCAAAUCGAGAGGUCAAAUUCAGACAACAUCUAUAUUUAUGAUGUCUUCAGAAACCAGACAAAUGGACUUCAAGGUCUAGGCAACUUCACAUUAGACAAAAACAGUCUUUUUGUUGAUGGAUACCAUGAAGUUACACCCAGCCCUGCAGUUACAACUGAAACUACUACUCCACCUGCAAUCCAAAACAGUGAAACUACUACUCAAUCUAGUUUGAAUCCAUUCCCUCUGAGUUUUACUGUCACUCAGCUUUCACCUAAAUGUGCUCAAACACCUUCUAAUUGUCCAACUAUGUCAGGCACGUUUCACCAACUGGUUGACAGCCUGUUCAGAAACAGUGUGAUAAACUCAUCAUAUGUGAACUGCUCAAUGCCUGAAUUAAGCCCUGCUGGUGAAACAAUGCUUAAAGUGAACAUGUCUUGCCUGUUUAAACCUAUUAACCAAAUCGAGAGGUCAAAUUCAGACAACAUCUAUAUUUAUGAUGUCUUCAGAAACCAGACAAAUGGACUUCAAGGUCUAGGCCCCUUCACAUUAGACAAAAACAGUCUUUUUGUUGAUGGUUACACAAGGGUGUACACAACCACAGCCUGGCCUGUGACAGCAGCCUUCACCACAACCUCAACCUAUGGGACAACUCCAGUGAUUUCCCUGCCUGGUGACAGAAGCUUCAGUUUGAACUUUACUAUCAUCAACAGAAAUUUCACUUCAGAACUAAAUGACCCCAACUCAGACAUGUAUAAGGAGAUAGUGGCCAAUAUCACAAAUAAGCUUGCAGUUGUGUACAGAAAUAGCUCUUUAGCUAAUAACUUCAGGUACUGCAAAGUGACAGGUUUAAGGCUUGGCUCUGUAAAGGUGAGCUGCAACUGUAUCUUCAAUGCACCCAGUGGAACCACAGCACUGAAUGAAAGUAUUGUAGAAAACAUCUUUGCCAAGCAAACAAAUAACACCACACUAUUAGGUGGUUUAUAUCAACUUCAACCAGACAGUCUUCAAGUAAAAGACUCACCUAUUUAUGCUGCUCCAUCGAACUGGGAGCUGUCUUUUUGGGCAAUCAUUCUUAUUGUUAUUGGAAUCUUCGUGGGACUACUGUUGCUCUGUCUUCUCUGUUUCCUGGCCUCACUGCUGAGACGUCAGAAGCUCAUGGAGUCAUAUAAUGUAAUGAAUCUCCCCUAUGGCCAGUAUUAUUCUCAUCUGAAAUGAGUUAUGUACCUCCAGGAAUGUGGACUCAUCAGGCUGGACUAGAUUUCAGUCUGUUUCUAGUUGUCCUGUUUAAAUGCAUUUACUUUCUUGCUUCCAAGAGCAACAAAUGACUGUCUCAUAACCCUGUUCUUUGUUGAUUACAUAAUCCAAGAUUGAAAACCUGAAAGGAUUUUUAAAACAACAGAUAUCACAUAUCAAUUGAAUGAAAAUCAAUAUUUACCAGGAUGAAUUCUUAGAAAUAAGAAGAACUAAAUCUUUCUAAUUGUGGACUACAAAACCAAUGGAAUUUCAUAGUCAACGAAACUUUGCAGUAGAGUCUGAGCCCCUUAAAAUUUAAGGAUUGUAAUUUGACAUGCCCCCAUGGCCACAGACUUGAGACCAACAGGUUUCAAAAUAAAACUUGAAUGGCCUUCACUCCAAAGUAAUUGAAACGCUAAGGGAACAACAUUUGAAACCAUUGUACCUU